UCAAGCUCUAAGUAGGCGCAAUUAAAGCGAACAUUAAGAAAUUUGUCAACUUAAAUUCUUCACCAAAAAACUUCUGUCAUUGUAGAACUUUCAUCAUAUUUUUGUAAACAUUAUUACAUUAUAUAGCAAACGAAGAUUAUUAGAGCAAGAUGCACAGCCAGAUGCAAACGCGUAACGUUCAAGAUGAAUCAGAUGAGUUAUACGCAAAUAAGUUAUUCUUAUCGAAAAGUUCAUCAGACACGUGCCUAAGAUCUGUAAAAUUCUCAGCUGAUGGGCAGAUGACCACCGUAAAAUCAGCUAGUUUUAGCGAUCACCAUCUGGAAGCAAACCUUGAAUUACCAGAACUGAAAGAGCGUUGUGCCUUCGCGUCCAACAAAGAGCUCUAUGAGUUGUCAAAGCAAUUAGCUGACAAUGAAAUCGAACCACCAGCUGAAGGUCCCCAACAUGAAUCAUUAAAUGAAUGUGUAAAUAUAGAACAUAAAUCUGAGAUAAUUUGGCAUGAGUGUACAUUUAAUGAAAACGAUGGCAAAGUUGAGAAUACGUAUUACACAGCCGAAGGAUCAAAUGUUGUUGUUGACUUACCAACAAAAAAAUCAACCAAAUAAACAGCAAAUGGCCAAGAAGCUACCAAUACAGAUUGUGAAAAAGAAAUUAAAGGAAAUUAAAUCAACUGAAACAAUUGAGCUAGAUCUAGACCAGACCGCAGCACUUGCUGCUGAUGAGCACAUGAUGAUGUUAAAGGACAUUGCUGAAUUUCAAGCUCAAGUCGAUAUGAGAAAGGCAUUUGAGCAAAUGAAUCCCAUUGCCAAUUUAAUAGUAAAGCCAUUCAAGAAAUUG